CGGCAGAGAAGGAAGGACACGGGCACACGGGACCAGCGUUGGAUAUCGAACGGUGGUGCAUCCUAUAGCGACUGCACGCCGAUGUUCAAAGCAGAGGAUCUGAGUCCCACCAAAACCCCCUCCCUCGCCGGCGGCGGCAUGGGGAAGAACGGCGAGCCGGCGUUCCCCAACUCCCCUGCUGCUCCCACCCCCGCGCCAGCCGCGCGGGCGAAGGAGAAGCCGCGGCUGGAGAUCGAGGGCUACCCCGUGGAGGGCGUCUCCAUCGGCGGGCACGAGACCUGCGUCAUCUUCCCCACCCUCAGCCUCGCCUUCGACAUCGGCCGGUGCCCGCAGCGCGCUGUCUCGCAGGAGUUCCUCUUCAUCUCCCACGCGCACCUCGACCACAUCGGAGGCCUCCCCAUGUACGUGGCCACGCGCGGGCUUUACAGGAUGCGCCCACCCACAAUCUUCGUCCCGGCGUGCCUUGCGGAGCUUGUGGCGCGGCUGUUUGAGGUGCACCGCGCCAUGGACCAGUCUGAGCUCGUGCACAAGCUCGUGCCACUCGAGGUCGGGGAGGAGUACGAGCUCAGGAGGGACCUCAAGGUGCGGGCGUUCAGGACCUACCACGUCAUACCCAGCCAGGGGUAUGUGAUAUACACGGUGAAGCAAAAGCUCAAGCAGGAGUAUCUUGGCCUCCCUGGGAACGAGAUAAAGAGGCUCAAGUUAUCAGGUGUUGAGAUCACAAAUACAGUGACAACACCUGAGAUUGCUUUCACGGGAGAUACAAUGUCGGAUUUUAUCCUUGAUCCUGGCAAUGCGGAUGUGUUGAAGGCAAAAAUUCUUGUUGUGGAGAGUACAUUUCUUGAUGACUACAUUUCGAUUGAGCAUGCAAAAGAAUAUGGGCACACGCACUUGUCUGAGAUUGUGAGUCAGUCUGACAAGCUUGAAAACAAGGCUAUUCUACUUAUUCACUUUUCAGCUCGUUAUACUACAGAGGAAAUUGAUGCAGCAAUAAACAGAUUGCCACUGUCUUUUCGAAGCAGAGUUUAUGCAUUGAAGGAAGGCUUCUAAAAGAACAUGAACCGGAAAAUCACAAAUGAAUUUUUCUGGAUGGGAUCUUUGUGCCUUUGUGGUACUUCCACUAGCAAUCCUUUUGCGCUGUGCUCUCUGAUGUUACCGUACCGCUCAUCUGACAAUUUAUGAGGAAAUUUGUUUUGUCGGUCCUCAAUGCUUGUUUCAUUCACAUGAGAUUAGAACAAUGAAAUACUGAAUUAAAUGUGAAACAACCCGUAUUAGCAACCUUUA